AUGAGCGGAUUAGCGACGCCUUGCUUUGGACGGCUCUCUACUCUGCGUUGGAUUAAAGGUGUGGACAUCCGGGGAUUCUCGUCGUCGGACUGCUCCAACCAAUCCCGCGGUGGGCUCCCUCGCUUCUUCUCCGAACAGCUUCCCUCUUCUAAGGGUGCUGUUGUUCGUGUACAAGGAGAUGAGUUCUGGCACAUGACCAAAGUCCUGAGGUUGACCACCAAUGACAGAGUGGAACUCUUCAAUGGUAAAGGAGGUCUAGUAGAAGGGUGCAUACAAAGAAUAGAUCGUGCCGGGCUUGAUUUUGAGGCGCUGGAAAGUCCCAAGCUAGUUCUUCCUCGAAAUACUCAGUGGCAAGUCUUUGCAGCAUUUGGUACGCUAAAGGGUGGUCGAGCUGACUGGCUUGUAGAGAAAUGCACAGAGCUUGGAGCACAUAGUGUGACCCCUCUGCUGACAGAGCGUUCCCCAUCAAUAUCCAAUAACCGAGUUGAUCGCUUACAGCGUGUUGUUUUAGCAGCAACUAAACAAAGUCAGCGACUGCAUGAGAUGAUUCUGAAUCCUCCAUUGAACAUUGAUGGGCUCUUACCUCUUGUUUCCCAGUCAAAGCUAUCUUUUUUGGCAACAGCAGAAGCUACACCGCUCGUUAGCACAAUAGCUUCAUAUAGGAACGAAGCGAGCGGAUUGAUAAUCGUGGGACCAGAAGGAGAUUUCACAGUGAAAGAGUUGGAUAUGCUUAAGGAAACUGGUGCUAUUAGUGUUGGUCUUGGGCCACUGAGGCUGCGUGUUGAAACUGCUACAAUUGCACUUCUGGCCACUCUAAUGCUAUGGUCCGACUCUCAGCAACUGGCCAGUUCAUAA